AUGUUUGAGCCAAAGGACCUCGCCACUAUGUCGCAUGAUGACAAGACUCCCUCUCGCUCGCCUCGCGCCGACGUCGACGCUCGAUCGGUGGUUACCUCUCGCUCAGGGAGCAUGAAUGAUGAUGACAGACUGCUCGAGGAGAUGGGCUACGUACCCUCGUUCAAACGCGAGUUCUCCAACCUGGCGACGGUGAACAACCAACUCCUUAUCUCUAAUAUCAUGGGUCUUUGUUCAAGUGUUGCAACGACUUUCAAUACGCCUCUGCUUACUGGCGGCCCCGCGUCCGUAACUUGGUGCUGGAUCCUCGGGGCGUGUAUGUGCUUCACGCUCGGAUCGAGCAUUGCAGAGAUAGUUAGCGCAUUCCCUACAUGCGGCGGCUUGUACACUGCAUCCGCUCAACUAUGUCCUCCGCGGCAUCGUGCGAUUGUCGGGUGGAUUGUCGGGUGGCUCAAUUUGCUGGGCCAGGUUGCAGGACUAGCGUCGACGGAGUUCGGGCUUGCGAACAUGAUCUGGGCCGCUGUUGUCGUCGCUAAGAACGGAAAUUACGUCGUCACACAAGGCAUGACUGUCGGCCUGUUCGCCGGUCUGCUCGUGUUCAAUGGGAUUCUGAACUGCCUCGCUACUCGUCAGCUCGCACACAUCACCAAGGGUUUUGUCUUCGUCAAUCUCGGCACAACAACCCUGAUCAUAAUUGUCCUCCUCGCGAUGACCCCCCGCUCCGAGAUGCAUCCGGCUGGAUAUGUCUUCGGUUCCGACGGCCUCGUGAACCAGACAGGUGGUUGGAACAACGGACUAGCGUUCCUUUUUGGACUACUGAGUGUCCAAUGGACGAUGACGGAUUAUGACGCUACCGCACACAUCUCGGAGGAGGUCAAGCGCGCGGCCUAUGCAGCGCCCGCGGCAAUUUUCAUCGCAGUGAUCGGCACGGGGCUCCUGGGUUGGUUGCUCAAUAUUGUUGUUAUCUUGUGCUCCGGACCUCUCGAGAAUCUUCCAGGCGCGUCGGGGUCUGCAUUCCUGGAGAUCAUGGUGCUGCGGAUCGGAACGCCUGGAGCGCUCUUUCUAUGGGUAAUGGUUCAUGCUCCUGCUUCUACAGCUUGUAACUCAAGCUCGCGCUUGUACUCUCCAGAGUUUGGUCUGUUUGACUGCGUUCUUCGUCUGUCAGACGUCCCUCCAGGCUUGUUCUCGGAUGCGCUACCCGAUGGUGGCUACUUUGGUCAGGUCACCUCGUGGACAACCACACCCCUUCGCGCGGUGUGGUUCACGACCAUUGUAAGCAUUUUACCGGGACUUUUAGACCUUGCGAGCCCUAUCGCCGCGAACGCCAUCUUUGCCCUGUGUGCGAUAGCGCUCGAUUCCUCAUACAUUAUCCCAAUCUUCUUGCGACGGCUGUAUCGCAACCACCCAGAGGUCACGUUCAAGCCGGGUCCAUUCUACAUGGGUGACGGCAUCCUUGGCUGGGCGGCGAAUCUGGCUUGUAUCUGCUGGACACUCUUCGUCUGCGUCAUUUUCUGCAUACCCACGGAACUCCCGGUGACGCAGUCGAACAUGAAUUACGCCUCGGUGAUUACUUGUGGAGUGAUCAUACUCUCGGGGCUGUGGUUUGUCUGCGGUGCACAUCGCCACUACAAGGGUCCGAGUUCCAACGUGCCGAAGUUCGGGGAUGCUGUCGCGAAUCGAGAUUCUCGCGACCACGAGAACGAAAAGCAGGGCAUCGAACAGGCAUAG